AGAGGAGUACGGAGGUAUGACAGUGAUGGGUAUGUACAGGAGAAGAGUACGGAGGUAUGACAGUGAUGGGUAUGUACAGGAGAGGAGUACGGAGGUAUGACAGUGAUGGGUAUGUACAGGAGAGGAGUACGGAGGUAUGACAGUGAUGGUAUGUACAGGAGAGGAGUACGGAGGUAUGACCCGUUCCAGGGAGGAGUAUCUCAGGAAGGAGGAACAUGGUGGGAGAUCGGCCUGAAUGUCCUUCCUAGGAGGGGUAAUACCGGAGCCAUUCUGAGGACCAUUAAAAGGCCGGCAAUGAGGAGGAAACCA